AUGUCCAUCCCAGCCUACUACUCAUUCGGAGAGUCGCCACGCCUGCAUGCCGGACACCCUUCUACCGCCAGUCAGCCCGGCCAGAAGCUCUGGUUGAAAUAUCUCAACGAAGGUGGAGCGAACAUUGUCUUUCGAAUACUGCCCAUCAGUGAAGAUGACGAGCUACCACCUCAUCUACAAGGCCGCCUCCUACGCCUAAGGAAAGAUCUGCCUCAUGUACAGAGCGCUGAAGACCAGCUAGCAGCAUACCAUGCCCACUUCAAACCGCUCUUCCCGCGUGAGAACCUCACUGAGCAGAUCGAAAUCGAGCUGGGUGAUGGCUUGGCCUCUUCUGUCAGCGAUGCUCUGACACAGCUGGACAGGCCAUCGCAUCGUCUGCAAGACUUCCUGCCAGCCGAGGAGAGGACGGGUAUGCUCGUGACAGAUAUGACGCCGGGUCCUGACGAGAUCCUGCUGCAAGUCAAGCCUAAAUGGCUCGCUCAAUCUCCAAACGCCCCGCCAGAUGCCAGACGUUGCCGAACGUGUGCUUUGCGAGCCCAAAGAGCCUCGAAGAAGAUCCGGACGGCCACCGACGCUCAGGAGAGCUGUCCGUUUGACCUGAUCAGCAACGAUGAAGCUGAUCGGAGACGGGCUGCCGGCAGGCUGACAGACCACCCUCUGCUUCAGAAGUUUUUGAUCAACGAUGCCCAACCCCUCCUCCAGAAGCUGCGCGAUAAUCAGCAAAAGUUAGACUUCCAAGGUGUGCUGGUGAUAAGUUCAGACACAGGUGCCCUCGAUUUGUGCAAGGCCAUGACACUUCGCGAUUGCACUCUCUUCCUGAAGCUAUCUGGCGAGGCCAUCGAUGCAAGAUUGGCUGACCUGGAUCUCAAGCUGCCGGAGAAGCUGGGACGCUGGAAAAAAGUAGAGCAGGAAUUGAUCGACCACGGAUGGUAUAAGAAUACUGAGGACAGCGAGCACUGGGCUAAAGAAGAGAUCUGUCUGCUGUCUCGCGCGCGAAGCUGA